UUUUUUGCUUUAGCAUUUGUUUGACCCCUCUUCCUCAUUUUCUCCUAAUAGUCCAAAGCGUCUCUCUCUCUCUCUCUCUCUCGAGCUGCUGCUACAGUCCUAAACUGGAGGAAGCUACAAAGACCAUUCUUUCCUCUACACUCUAUUAUUCUUUCACAGUUAAAGCUAAGUCUUCAACUUGGGUUUAAAGGGUAUAUUGUAAUUAUUCAGGAUAAUGGCGAUUAGAAUGGCUGACAGAGAACGGUGUCGUAGUUGGUAACUUAUUCUUCUGUAUCAUUCUGUAACUGAUGGCUUCAAACUUUGGUGCUAGAGCUUCCAUUGAACCAAAACAAAAAGCUGUUUCGGCUCGACAAACAGAAGAAACAAAUGAUUCUAGGUCAUUUCUUACACAGGUGUCAAAAAUGAAUGAACUUAGCCUUGCUCUUUCUGAUAAAUUGCCGGAAUCUGGUAAGAUUACAACACAUGAUGUAGAUGGGGCCCUGAAUGAUAAAAAGUCAGCUAACUAUAGUCCAAAAGGGUCCAAUGAUCUGUCAAUUGAUAAAUCUAAAGAUGCUCCCACUGAUAUUCAGAAUGUGUUGACACCUGCGCGACAUGAAGCAAAUGGAACUAGAAGCUCACUUGAAUCUUCUACGGAUCAAGAAAAGAAAACAUCUGAGCAAACUAGUGGAAAGAACAGUUCAGUUUCUGCUAAAGUCAGCGAUGGUACAAGUAGUCUAGCCAAAACUAGUGAUCGUGCUGAUUUGGUUGAGAGUGGAAAGAGCAGCAUGUGCAGAGGAAGCACCAGCACUGAUGUGAGUGACGAAAGCAGCUUCAGCAGUUUUAGCAGCAGUAUAAACAAACCCCACAAAACAAAUGACUUGAGAUGGGAAGCUAUCCAAGCUGUCCGAUCUAAAGAUGGUAGCUUAGGUUUGAGCCAUUUCAGACUACUGAAAAGGUUGGGUUGUGGAGAUAUUGGGAGUGUUUACUUGGCUGAACUGAGUGGAACCAAGUGUUACUUUGCUAUGAAAGUCAUGGAUAAAGCAUCUCUAGCCGGCCGCAAGAAGCUUCUUCGUGCUCAGACAGAAAGAGAAAUUUUACAAUCCCUCGACCAUCCUUUUCUUCCGUCUCUCUACAGCCACUUUGAGACUGACAAGUUUUCGUGUUUGGUCAUGGAAUUCUGCCCCGGAGGGGAUCUACAUAGUCUUAGGCAGAGACAGUCGGGGAAACAUUUUUCUGAACAAGCAGUGAAAUUUUAUGUUGCUGAGGUCCUUCUAGCUCUAGAGUAUCUCCAUAUGCUUGGGAUUAUCUACCGCGACCUUAAGCCAGAAAACGUCCUUGUUAGAGAAGAUGGACAUAUAAUGCUCUCGGACUUUGACCUAUCGCUUUGUUGUGCUUUUAGCCCAACGCUGGUCAAGACAUCAUCCCUGGAGUCGGAUCCUCUGAGGAAGAACUCUGGUUACUGUGUCCAGCCGGCUUGCAUUGAACCUUCCUGCAUUCAACCAUCAUGUGUUGUUCCUACAACAUGCUUCUCUCGUCGCCUCUUUUCCAGUAAGUCCAAGAAGGAUCGGAAACCCAAAAAUGAUACCGGCAACCAAGUUAGGCCAUUACCAGAACUUAUGGCAGAACCUACUGCCGCUCGCUCUAUGUCAUUUGUGGGAACUCAUGAAUACUUGGCACCGGAGAUUAUCAAAGGUGAAGGUCAUGGAAGUGCAGUGGAUUGGUGGACUUUUGGGAUCUUUCUCUAUGAGCUCUUGUUUGGUAAAACUCCAUUUAAAGGAUCUGGUAACCGAGCUACACUGUUCAAUGUAGUGGGGCAACCUCUUAGAUUUCCAGAAUCACCAGUUGUUAGUUUUGCGGCAAGGGAUCUGAUUAGGGGUUUACUCAUAAAAGAACCACAGAACAGAUUAGCAUACAAAAGAGGGGCAACUGAGAUAAAACAACACCCUUUCUUCGAAGGGGUUAACUGGGCACUAAUACGCUGUGCUACCCCUCCCGAUGUCCCCAAACCUGUUGAAUUUGAGAGACUACCAAUUCCAGCAGCAUCUACAAAUCAAAAGACUGCUCUUGCCGCAGUUCCUCCCAGCCAAAAGGGUUCUGAUAACUACCUCGAAUUUGAUUUCUUCUAGUAAAUAUUAGCGUGACUGGUAAUUUUUCUGAAUUGGUGGAGAACAAAUCCUGAAUUCAGGGAUUGCUAGUGAUCAGGAUGGCUGGUUCUUCUUAUCAAAAUGGUAUAUGAGCAGGGUCCCGUCGUUACUAUCCAUAACAGUGUCAGACCUUAUUAUCUGUGAAUCCCUACAUGCUUCAAGCUAGAGCUGCCAGCCAUUUUCAGUCUCCGUAUUUACAAGGGUGUCCAAACGGUAAAAGGUGAGUGUAUUCCAGUAUAAGGAGUUUUAGAGGUAUGCAAUUGGAUUACUCAAAUUCAGCGCGUGGCUUAGGUGAUAUGGCAUGCCAUGAACAGGAAACUGUUUUUGGCCACAUGACCAUAGUCAAGCAAGACGAUUGUAUAUUGCUUUUGGAUACUAGCUAGAAUUUGUAUUCCAACCCAAAGGUACAGUAUAGUGUGAGAAAGUUUAGAUUCAAUCUUAAGUUAUGCGACAACCAUACUUUUGGAUGUUGGUGUAUUUCUAGACAUUUAGACCACAGUGAAUUUGCUAUCUUUUACUUUCUUCUGUGUACUAUUUGCUUUUUGGCUUAUUUAGAAGAAAAGGAGGGAGUUCUCUUUUUUGCUU